AGGGGGUGAUGAGCUAGAAGUCACAUGGGAAGCAGUCAGCUGCUGUCACAUGGUUUGUGUUUGCAGGCUGCGUAGAGAGAAGCAAAAGCUCUGUGGAGAAGUUUGUGUGAACCCACAGUAGUUUUUCAUGCACGCAACAAGUUGAAGCACUGACUCGGAUUAAAGUAGAGCUUCUCUGACCAAAGCUAUUAUGGAAAUCCCUGCUAUAAAUCUAAAGGCCAUAGUACUGGUGCACUGGCUGCUUACAAUAUGGGGGUGCAUGGUGUGGCUGCCCGAUUCCUUUGCUUGGGGGAACUUCACUGUUUUAGCAGUGGGAGUCUGGGCCAUUGCACAGAGGGACUCAGUAGAUGCUGUGCUCAUGUUUCUGAUGGGGAUGAUCCUGACCAUAUUGACGGACAUCAUCCAUUUUGGUAUCUAUUAUUCUCACAGUGACAUUGCGAUAGAGAAACUAGGGAGCGUGUUUCGCUUCAGCGAGGGAAUGGCCAUCCUGAGCCUGCUGCUCAAACCCGCAUCCUGCUUCUUUGUGUACCAGAUGUAUCGUGAACGUGGAGGAGAUUACAACAUUAACUUUGGUUUCCCCACUGUGUCACAAAACAGAGACAGCUACCAGGCCAUUGACCAUCAGGAUGAGUCUUCUGGCCCAGCGCAUCCCUUCAACCAGGCCCAGGGAAAUAAACCAGGAGUCCGCACAUACUGAGAGAACCAGGCAGUGAACAACGCAGUAUUUUCUUCUGACUUUUUAUGCAGCAGUACAAUUUUUACAGUUGAUUCCUCAUCAUCUGUGUGCUUUGUACAAUUGGUCUGCUGCAGAGUGCAGCACUGCAAACAGUUUUCUUAUGGUAACCCAUUAAGAUAAAAUGUGGCAUAAUUAAACCCAUUUUAAUUUUCUCUUCAAAGGUUACAGUGUUUUUGCUGAGCUGGUGGAUCACUGCUGUGCCCCCCCAUGUUACUCCUGUGUUAUUGUUGUUACUGCCUACUAUUGUUAAUAGAGAGGUGUUGAAUGGAACUGGUGUGUGUGUGUGUGUGUGCAGGAGUUGUGUCAGUUCAUGUUUUCAAAUGAGCCAUUUUUACAGAUGUCUCUCUCUGCGUCUCCUUGUUGUCCUUGUAUGCAGUAUGUAAUUUUCCAGUUAGUCUUUGCUUGAUGGCCCAGAAAUGCUUAAAGCCCUGGACAGUGUUUAACAGAGGAGACCUGAAAUGAAUGCUCAGUAUCAUGUCAUCUGUGCUUUCUAAAUAAUAAGAGCAGUAAAGUAUGUUGACUGAGUUCAAGACUUGGAGCCAUAGGCAUUUCUUUUCACAACGGAGCAGAACCUGCAUGCAGUGCAGCACACAAUCAUUUACUGUGUCUAAUGCUGAUAUGUGUGAAAGUUCUCUUUUAAGAUGACUGUCAUAUCUAGCACUGUAUGAAAAGAUCAAAUGUAUUAGUUAUUGUUACAAGUGAAGGGUCAUUACACUGCCAUAAAUGCUCUUGUAACCUGAACCCAGUGUUAAACAAAGGGUUUUAAACCCUGUCAUGUUCAGCAGUCAUUGGUGCUCAGUUAGCAGUGUGUGUAACUGCAGUAUUGUGUGAAGUGUGCACUCAGUUUUAGUGUGCAAACUACUUAAGAGUUAUAAUAAAGUGUGAGGAAAUCAGACACUGUGACUAAAGACUUGAUGAUUGGACCUGUAUUUAACGGCCACUUUCCUUUCGAAAGUGUUAAAUGUUCCUGUUUUGAAAUCACAAUGACUGUAUGUAACAGAACAGA